GCAAAGAAAAAGGUAAGGAUGUGGAUGAAAGACCUGCUUACAUGGAUGACUUUGAUGAUGAUUUUGGUCAGUACAUGAAGGGUGAGCAUGAUGUAGAUCUUUUCCCUGAAGAAGAAGUUUUUACUCCAGUAGAUCCUAGCAAAAUGGAGGUAAAAACUAGAUUUGCAAAUAAGGAAGCAUUUAAGAAACAUCUCAGGGGUUAUUGUGUUCUUAAUAAGUGUCAAUAUAUUUUGGAUAGAAGUGCUCCCUCUAGAAUUAAGGCUGAGUGUAGGUUUAAAACAGAACAUGAUUGUCCUUGGUUUGUGUAUGCUAGCAAGAAAGAGGGUGAGAAGACUUUUGUUCUUAGGAAAGUGAAUUUGGAACAUAAGUGUGAAGGGGAUCCCCAAAAUAGGAAUAGAUCUGCUGAUCCUCAUUUUGUAAAGGAUUUUGUUCUUGAUCAGAUGAAGAAUAAGCCUAAAAAAGUUGUUCCAGACCCUUAUAAAAUCAAGGAAGACUUCUUAGCUGAAAAGAGAGUAAAUAUACCAUAUCAGUGUGCAUGGAAGGCUAGGAAUCUAGUUUUAGAGUCAUUAUAUGGGAACUAUAAAGAAAGUUACAAUGAAGUACCAGCAUUCUGCAAGAUGUUUACAAAAUGCAAUGAUGGGUCUGUUGCUAAGUUCACUUUUGACACAGUGAAUAACACCUUUGAAAGCAUGACACUCUCAUUUGAACCUGCAAUGAGGGGUUGGCGAAAAGCAUGCAGGGGAGUUAUAGGGCUUGAUGCCUGCCAUCUAACAGGGGAAUAUGGGGGAGUAUUGAUGGCUGCAACUGCACUUGAUGGACAGAAUGGGUUAGUAAUGUUAGGAAUUAUGGUAUGCAGAGCUGAAACAAAGGAAAAUUGGAUCAUUUUUUUGAAGCAUUUGAAGGAUGCAAUAUUAGCACAUCCAGUGAAAGUGGCUUUCAUUUCAGAUAGGCAAAAAGGUUUAUUGGAAGCUGUUGGUAUAGUGUUCCCUGGCCAUCACCACAGAUACUGUUGGAGACAUUUAUACAAAAAUUUCAAGAAGGAUUACAAGGGUCUUGAAUUAUACAGUUCUUUAUGGAAUGCAGCAAAAGCAUACAAAGAAAAGCAUUUUCAGGAACAUUUUGACAAUAUUGUGAAACAGAGUGCUGCAGCUGGUGCUUAUCUCAGUAGAGAAGAUCCUGCUACAUGGUCCAGGGCCUUUUUUAACCCUAUUCACUGUUGUGAACAUAUGAACAACAAUUUUUCAGAGUCUUUUAACAAUAUGAUCAACAAGAUGAGAAAUAAACCAAUUAUAAUGAUAGGAAUAAUGUAUGCUAACUUAGUGAUGGGUACAUGGUACAAUAGGAGGACUGAAUCUGCAUCAUGGGUAGAUGGUAAUUUGGUUCCUACUGCUGUUACAUUGAUUAAGAAAAUGUUGGAAUUUGUGACUGACUAUGGUGUUGACCCUUGUGUGGCUGGAGAGUUAUAUAUGGUGACUAGUCCAAAGAAUUCUGUGUUCACAGUGAACAUACUUGCCAAGACUUGCUCUUGUUUGCAGUGGCAGUUGAGGGGGUUCCCCUGUAUGCAUGCAGUGAGUGCAUUGCAUAGCAUAAGGCCACAAUGGAGAAAGUACUGCAGUGAUUACUAUUCAGUGGAGAACUAUAAGGCCACAUAUGCACCAACUUUUGCACCACUAGAUGAUAAAAGUGAAUGGGUCCAGCAAUGAAGACUUCAUCUGAGACCCAUUUAAAACCGUCACAAUCUGUACAAGUGAGGUUUGAUUUUGCAGUGGGCAGUUUUUGAAGCAAUGACCAGAUUCUCCGCAAGCGUAACAACCAUUCUCUACUGGUAAUUUCACCAUCUUGCAUUUGACAGGAUCGAUGGCAUCGUCAAACCAUUCAAAGUACUGACAGGUUGGAAUUGAACACUUCAAAAACAUUUUUUUCGUUUGUUUCUUUUGCUUUUGAACACAAUAGUUGCCUUAUACCAUUACAUGGUAUAUAUUUGCACCUGGAAUAAAUCCAAGGACAUACCUUUGGAUCAUGAAUUCCCUGUGCACAGAUAGAACAUGGAAUUAGGGGUUGUUUUAAUCUUAAUCUUACCUUGCUGCUGCUACUGCUGCCUGGAGAGUUUACUUCAUUUUGGCUCAUGUCUUAU